AUGGCUAUUCUCAGAAGCCUCAAGCGAACCGCAGGGGUCCUGACUGGACUUGGUGUCGGGACUCUGGCAUAUCUCGGGGCCUCAACAACAAUCAUCAGCCCAAUACCGGCCGACGAUCCCAUUUGGGGGUCAAACAGCUACUCAAAGUACAAUCCGCACCGCAACCCCCCGACACAGGACAUUUGUGUCAAGCGAAUUCCCCUGAGAAAGAUCAAACCCGAGCUUCUUGAGAAGGAGGGCGAUUUAGCUCUGGAACUCUGCCGUGGCGUCUGGGGCGGGCUGGGUUACCGCCUCCAAAGGUCCUAUCUCUCCCGCAAAUACCACGACCCCUCAACCUCAUCCCAGCUCUGGACCGUUGACCAACUCACUCAAUCCUCCUACGAGCCCGGGACACAGCUGACCGACCACUUUGAGGUGGUCGAGAAGACGCCGUCCGAGAUUGUCAUGCGCGCCGGAGACUCGCCACUGAAGAACCCGGGCCCGCGCGACGCAGACGGUUUGUUUGCCAUCAGCGCUACUAUUGACAGAGAUCGGCAAGAGGCUGUGCUGGGCCUCAAGAGCUGUUUCUUUACUAGCAAGGGUAAAGUUGAGGGUAUGCCGAUGCCGGUUUGGAUUGAGCUGUUGCAUAGGUGGUAUUCGAGGGUUUUGUUGGAGAUGGGGUCUUGGAGGGUGACGCGUUAG